AUGGGCAAAUGGGGGUCGGGACACUGGCACCGGUCGGCGCCUUCCAGGCCGGGCACUGACCCACUUCUGGAACACGACAGAUUGAACAACGAUGGCCCGUCAACAGAACAUUCCAGCAAUGACAAACCGCGCAGUUCCCGGCCCGAACAGCGGGCCAGACGAACUCCAGUGGCGAUCCAGCAGGAGAGCGGUAACUUGCCGCGGUUUGUGGAGCCCGGCUUUACGAGCUGCGAAAAUCAGUUCUGUUACUUGCGAAGUCCGGACGGACUCCUUCCUGAGCUGACUUCGAAAGAGUGA